AUGAACUCUAAGGACGUUACUCUGGAAGAUGAUGACGCUAAAAAGAAACAAGAAGAAGAAAAAGAAGAAGAAGAAAAGGACACGUUUUCUGAGGUAGAAGUGCAGCCAUUAAAGAACAAUCCACAUACCAAUAAGAACAAUGAUUCGAAACUUCUAUGCUCUCAACAAUUCAAUUCAGAGUUUGAUAUGGAAUAUCCAAAAAGGAAGUCGAGUUCCCAGAAGGAAGAUAAUUCCAAUCAUAGAUUACAACAGAUCUCGAAUUACAAAAUCAUAAUUGCAAAGGAAGAAAGAAGGAAACGUUAUAAUUUACGUUACAAUCGACAGGCUGCCAAUAGUCCGGAAAGAGAUGUAGAAAGUCCAAGAAAGAAAAAAAGAGUCACUUUUGAGCAUUCGAAAUCAAGAUAG